UCCCUUUCCUCAUCCCCCUCCCACUCCAAACCCAACCAAACCAGGCAACGCAAAGCGCGAGCGCAACCACGCCGCACCGGACGACGACAACAGCAACCGGGCUGCGGGUCCAACACUUGGCGUUUCCACGAGCGCGCGCGCCCUUCGUCGACAUGGCUCCCAAGAACGCGCUCCCCGUGGCCGCCGCCGCCGCCGACGGCGGCGUGGAGCCGAGGUUCCGCGGGGUGCGGAAGCGGCCGUGGGGCAGGUACGCGGCGGAGAUCCGCGACCCGGCCAGGAAGGCGCGCGUGUGGCUCGGCACCUUCGACACCGCCGAGGCCGCGGCGCGCGCCUACGACGCCGCCGCGCUCCACUACCGCGGGCCGAAAGCCAAGACCAACUUCCCCGUCGCCGCCGGCUUCGCGCACAUCCAGGCCCCCCUGCCGCCGCCCAAGGCGCUGGCCGUCAGCCCGAGCAGCAGCACGGUCGAGUCGUCCUCCCGGGACACGCCCGCGGCUGUUGCUGCCCCGGUUGCCCCUCCGCCGGCGCUCGAUCUGAGCCUGGCGAUGCCGGCCAUGGUGGCGGCGCAGCCCUUCCUGUUCCUCGACCCCAGGGUCGCGGUGACCGUGGCCGUCGCGGCGCCUGCGCUGGCGCCCGUGCCUCGCCGGCCAGCUGCUGCGGCGGCGGUCAACGAGAAGAAGAAGGCGGUGUCCCGCGAGGAAGAGCAGAGCGACACGGGGUCGUCGUCAUCCGUGGUGGACGCCUCGCCGGCCGUCGGCAUCGGGUUCGACCUGAACCUGCCGCCGCCGGCCGACCUGGCCUAGGAGAUCGAUCGAUCGAUCGCCCGCCCGAUGACAACACCAACUCUCCUGAAGUAAAGCUCUCUCCGGUAGAAAAGUUUAGGAACGGCGUGUAUUAGUAAGAGGUUAAAGUCGAUCGUUUAAUUGCCAGGAUCGUCGUCGCUCGAUUGGGCAACUAGGGUGUACAUAGAUCGCGUGUCGCGUGUGUUCUUUUUUUUGCAUGGGGAGAUAGGUAAGAGAAGAAGUUCGCUACUCCCAAUGUUACGAAAUUCCUUUAAGCAAGGAAAAAGGAAAAACAAAAGAAAAAGCAGAGCAUUUUGUUGUUCAGUGUAAUUUUUUUAAUCUCUGAUCGAUUAAUGAGAAAUUUAUGAUUUCCAUUCA